AUGGGCCUCCCAUUCUCUGAGCCAGAUUUCACCCUCCCGGAUGUGUUCCUCCUUGGGCUGCCCUCACCCUCCAUUGGAUACCUGGCCUGGCGCAGGCUGACGGACGGGGAACGCCUUUCGGAAACCUACCGGGUCUACAACCUGCAGCUGGAGUACUUGCAACUGGUGCUGGAUGACCUCCGGGCCUUGGACCUUGGGCAGGGACCCGGGCAGCUGUCAGAGCAGCUCACCUUCACCCAGGCCCAACUCCAGGGCUUCGUGACCAACCUGCGCUCCCUGCUGGAGAGCCUGGCUCAGCCCCUGCCCACUGUCGGCAAGACCCUGGACUCUGAGGCCCACAGGCCCUCUGACUUUGAAAGGAAACUCCGGGGCUAUCUCGUUUGCCGGGAGUAUGUGCACUGGAUCGACCGUACACUGAGGGAUUUCACACUCCUCUUGGACAAGUUCCCGGCCUGA